AUGAUUAACCACCACACGAUGGCCAGCCUGGGACAUCCGCACUACGGGUUUGCCCUGGGCAAUGGGAUGGACCUACCGCCGGCGGCCGAUUUUGCACCCCAGCCACACCACAGCCCCAGCUCCCCGACGGACCAUCUCGGGUUGAAGCGGGGCCUUACGUUUCCACCGUCGUCCCUGGCCGGUUUGCAGGGCCACGGGGGUAUGCACGGUGCGGCAGGAGCCCACCACCACCACCAUGGGUCCCUCGGACAGGGCGGGGGUGGUGGUGGCGGCGGCGGUGGUGCUGGCGGCGGUAUGGGCAAUGGGCAGACGUCGCCCGGCCAGGAGGGUCACAUCAAGCGCCCGAUGAACGCGUUCAUGGUCUGGUCCCGGUUGCAGCGCCGCCAAAUCGCCAAAGACAACCCGAAGAUGCACAACUCCGAGAUCUCGAAACGGCUCGGCUCGGAGUGGAAGCUGCUAACCGAGGCCCAGAAGCGCCCGUUCAUCGACGAGGCGAAACGGUUGCGGGCGACCCACAUGAAGGAGCACCCGGACUACAAGUAUCGGCCACGGCGCAAACCGAAAAACCCGCUCGCGAACGCCGCCAACGGGCUCGGGGCGCUCGGCGCGAUGCAGCAGGGCGGCAAAGGAUCCCUCGGCUCGUCCUAUCCCUUCCCCCAGCUGCCACCGUACUUCGCACCCACCCAUCCGCUGCAGCAGCUCGAGCAGCACUACCCGGUGCCGUACUUCGGCAGCUUCGAUCCACUCACGCUGCAGAAGCUCCACCAGUCGCAGCAGAGCGUACAGGCGGCCCACUCGCCGGUCGGGGGACUCGGCGAGAGUGGUAAACAGUCGGCCGGCCAGCAGCUACCACCUACCUCGCUCAGCUCGUUCUACUCCAACAUCUACAGCGGGAUCUCGGCGGCGGCGGCAGCGGCCCCACUGUAUGCCGCACACUCCAACAGCCUGUACAACACCUCGUCCACCUCGUCGGCAUCGCCCGGUUCCAGCCCGAGCGCAUCCCAAUCGACGCUGCCCGAUCUCGAGAACGCGAUGCGGCGACCGGUGCAGGUCAUCUACUGA